AUGGAGGCACAAUCAGACCUUCCGUCGGUCGCCUACGACAAAGAAGCGGUGUAUACGGCGCUCACCGACUUUGACGAGUCGGAUGCCGAGUUUCAGGCGGGGAUCCAGACCAUCAUCGGGCCCAUGCAGUCGUCGGGCGUCGCGCAGGCGCAGAUCGAAGAGACCAAGAAGCGCGCCAAAGUGUUUUUCUGGUCGCAAAAGACAGGCAACCAGGUCGACUAUGCCGACUACACUGCGUGGCUGGCGAACAAGCCCUCAGCCGCUUCUCAGAUCAACGGCGCCACCACGGAAGAAUCUGCUGAAGGCAGCAGAGGAACGACAGAAGUAGCGGCAGUUGAGGAAGCAAAGGCUGCGGAUAAGGAGCCGUAUCCGGCGUCGUUCGAUGCGAUCGUCGAACUCAUCACUACGGGCAAGACCGACCAGAUCCCCGGUAUUCGCGAUAUCCCACUCAAGAUCAACGAGGAACCACCAACGCAGCCCACAAUGGACCGGCCGCUUAAGCCCUGGGAGAAAGCAGGUGUUUCGACCGACGCGAUCCCAUCCACGACAGCGACAUCAACCGAUGCGGAGGCAACACAACCCAUCGAGCAUGCUUCAUCGUGA